UAAGACGAUUCAUUCAACAUAUUGAGUACAGUGUAAUCUUACCCGUUCAACGAUGAAGUGUAUAGUAUGGAUAUCGAUUUGCUUAGCGUUGGUUACAGCAGGCCCGGUGGAAGAUAUCUGGCUUCGUUAUAACCGGCGUAUGCUCGGUGAGGCUAAAGCAACUGAAGAGCUUCCAGCUCGUGGAAGGAUAAUUGGAGGCGUUGAAACCUCAAUUGAAAAUGUUCCGUACCAGUUGAGCUUGCUUCGAAAUAAUUUUUUCAGCUGUGGCGCUUCGGUAAUCUCUGAACAGUGGGCUCUGUCAGCUGCUCACUGUGUUUAUCCAGCUCCUUCACCACACACGGUCACUCUUGGUGGUGGUGCUACCAACAAACUAGACAGCAUUAUAUUCGAGGUGACCGAAAUAAUCCUCCAUCCCCAAUACGAUGAUUGGGCUUUCCAAUACGAUGCAAGUUUACUGAAAACAACACAACCUAUGGUCGGUUACAACAUCGCUCCAAUUGCACUGAUGCCUGUCAACGAGGACUUUCCAGCGGGAACCCGAGCUGUAGUGUCCGGAUGGGGUGUUAUGGAUAUUGUUAGUGGAGAGGUUUCCGAGAAUCUGCGGAUGGUCUCUGUGCCGAUUAUUGCCCAAGAAGAGUGCCAGCAAGCUUGGCCGUAUCGUGUUACGGACGAUAUGCUCUAUGCCAGUGAACCAGGCAGAAGUCACUGCGGUGGAGAUAGCGGUGGCCCGUUGGUUGUCGGAGGGCGUCAGAUCGGAAUCGUUUCAUGGGGCCAGUAUGGCUGUUACGGCGUGCUACCUUCCGUUUUUGCACGGGUCUCCCACGAAAGUAUUCGCAGUUUUAUCAGUAAACUUGCUGGUGUGUGAGUCCUAACUUUUUACAAAAGAUUUAUCACAAAAUAGCACGCGACAAUCUGUAGACUUUUUUUGAAUAAGUUUAAAAAAAUGCUUAAU